UACCUAAAUAUUUCCAUUAAGCCCUUCGUGGAUUCCGUGGAGUUUCAAGCUGAGUCGCCAACAGCUCCUCUGUAGCAUGUAUUAAGAUGAUACGUCGCAUAAUAUAGUUGAUAAUUAUUUAUUAACAAGGAAGUUAAUGAGAAUCGCGGCCCUGUGGCUGUUUUUGAGGUGGUGGAGGAGUUCCUGGCUGAGCUGAGGUGUCGGGAACAGUCUCAGAAUGCAGAUCUUGUCAGUCAGAUGACAGCGGUUAAGUUCCUCAUGGCAAGAAAGUUUGAUGUUUCCAGAUCCAUAGACCUCUUCCAAGCUUACAAGAACACCAGAAUAAAGGAAGGCAUCUACAAUAUUAACCCAAACGAGGAGCCUUUAAGGAGCGAGUUACUUAGUGGGAAAUUCACAGUUCUGCCCGGCCGUGACGCGAAAGGUGCGGCUUUGGCGCUUUUUACAGCACAUCUCCAUCGCCCAGACCUCACUACCCAUAAGGCUGUUCUUCAGGCCAUCAUAUAUCAGCUGGACAAGGCCAUUGAGAGUGUUCAGACACAGAGAGACGGGCUCAUUUUUAUCUAUGAUAUGACUAACUCCACAUAUGCCAAUUUUGACUAUGAGCUUUGCGUCAAGAUUUUGAAUCUGCUUAAAGGGGCUUUCCCUGCUCGUCUGAAAUGCGUCUUUAUUGUGUCGUCUCCGCUGUGGUUCAGAGCACCAUUUGCAGUACUCCGUCUGUUUGUGAGAGAGAAACUGAGAGAAAGGGUGUGCACUGUAAAAGCCCACGAACUGGUCAAUCACAUCCCAGUCAGCUCCCUUCCAGAACAUUUGGGUGGCUCGUCACAGUAUAGUCACAUUGCCUGGAUCCAGUCCUGCGUCAACUCCAGCCCCAACCACCCCAAUAACUCUCCCUACGUCACUGGGGACUGCUUGGGCAGUCUCCUCCACUCCUACUCCAUGGAACAUAGCCAGAACACUUCAGCAGACCCCUUAACUGCCAAUACUUCAGGGGCCACCCUCCUGGGGGACGGCCUGAACUCAAACUGCCCCAUACUGGAUGACGGCAAUGCCAACCUGCAGAACCACAGGACUGCGGGGCAUGCGCAUUGGAACGGCUCUGUACUGCCAGGUUCAGGGGGAAUCUCGGGGUCCAACGCCAAUGUCGUAAAUGGGCGUGGCCGGCAGCCACCCCCACAGUCAGACACGCCCCCAGACACGCCCCUGCAUCAAAAACACACAGCUGGUGCAAUAGUACCAGGAGGUGGAGGGACUAUGGGUACGGAAGGCGCAUGUUUGGAAGACAGAAGGCAGGAUGGCAAUGGUGCUGAGGAUAUCCAACAGGAUGUGGAGUUUCUGGAAGAGGAAGUGGAUGGAGGGGAUGGCAUUCCACCCCUUCCACUGAAAUCAAGGCUGCCGCCCCUCCAUCACAGCCCCGCCCCGGAUAUGAGCUGGUUACCGGGAACGACGACGGAAACGGCUGCGCUGUCGGUGCAUGCGGCUGAGCCAGGCGGAAUGAGCGUGCAGGAUCUGGUACAACACGUGAAACGUAAAAAGAAGAAGGGCAUUUAUCAGGAGUACGAGGAGAUCCGCAAAGAACCUCCUGCUGGAACCUUUGACUACUCUAAGAAAGCUUCUAACCAGAUAAAGAAUCGCUACAGUGAUGUCCUCUGCCUUGACCAAUCACGUGUUCGACUCUGUCCGCUCAACAAUGAGGAUGAUGAGACAUCUGACUACAUAAAUGCAAGUUUCAUGGAUGGUUACAAGAGGAGUAAUGCUUACAUCGCUACUCAGGGGCCUUUGCCAAAAACGUUUGGAGACUUUUGGCGAAUGGUGUGGGAGCAAAUGGUUUUAAUCAUUGUUAUGACAACAAGAGUUGUAGAGCGAGGCAGAGUGAAGUGUGGACAGUACUGGCCAUUAGAGGCUGGGCGCACUGAGGAUUAUGGGUACUUUUUGGUGAGAAAUGUCCAUAUUGAGAUGUUUCAGGACUUUAAGCUGUCACACCUGGAGCUCUUCAACACUCAGACAGGGGAAUGUAGGGAAGUGUCUCAUUACCUCUACAUGAGCUGGCCAGAUUUUGGUGUUCCGAAGUCAGCGUCGGCCAUGUUGGAUUUCCAGGGGCAUGUGAAACAGAGACAAGAAUCCUCAUUACGAACACUGUAUCCUGAUUGGACGGGACCCACAGGGGGCCCCCCAGUGGUGGUGCACUGCAGCGCAGGCAUCGGCCGAACAGGCACAUUUUGUACUUUAGACAUUUGUCUCUCUCGUCUGGAGGACAUCGGCACAGUGGACAUUAAGCAGACGGUGCGUCGCAUGCGGACACAGCGUGCCUUCAGCAUCCAAACGUGGGACCAGUACUACUUCUGCUACAAAGCAGUGAUCGAGUACGCCCAACAGACCGGCCUGCUGCAGCCUGUGGAGUGGUCCGACACCGAGCUGGAGACCGACAGCGAGUGAAUCAGGAAAAACAGAACUCGCAGGAGAGGGCACAGAAGACACGGAAGGAAAAGAAGCCAUCUUUUCCCCUCUCCUGGCUACAGGUAGACUCCACCGCUGAGGAACAUGUUAGGGAGCGGAGGAUGCUUUUGUCCUGCCACUUUUCAAGCCCUUCUUUUUACUCUGAUCCAGACGUGAUCAGAGACUGUGGCUUGAUGUACGAGUUGUAGCAUUUAAAAAAAAUUUUUUUUAUAAAUACUGACUUGCACAUGUGGAAUGACAAACUUGAAAAAUCCAGUUUAUCGAAUUACCUGCUCUUUUUUUACGCUCUUGAGUGUUGUCGAAAUUCAAUAUCACUCAACUUGGGGGUUAAAUUCACACUUUUUAUCAAAAGUGUAAAAGCAUAAAACUUGAAUAUUCUUUUUUUUGUUCUCCGUCACAUUAAAAUAACAACUUCUUUGCGUCUGAACAGGUUCCAACAGUUUUCUUUCCAGUUUUAGUUGUUGUCAUUAUUUGUGUACUUCGUUAAACUAAUCUUCAAGCCAAAGGUAUGGUGUCGAAUGCUUGGAUGUAUCCGUAAUGAUCAUUGUGACUUAAACCCUUGUAUAUCUUGUAACAUACAUUUAUAAUAUAUAUUGUGCAUAACAACCUUUGAAAAGCCUUGUUUUAAUAUAAUACUCUUAACUUUCUUCAGAAUUAUGUGUAUCUAUAUAUAAAUAUAUAUAUAUAUGUAUAAGUAUAUGUUGGGUUAAAACAAUUUC